AGGCCGUGACGUCACCAGGCGGACUCUCUUCCUGCUGCAUCACAGCAGCCUUUAGCAGCUCUGGUAGUACUUGUGACCGGGGUGACGGAUCAUAUACCGCUGGCCCACAGAUACCAAAACCCUAACAGCAUCCUAACACGGUGUCAGGAAGCGGUCGCAGUGAGAUAACCCCGCUCCAGCUGUUGGGAUAUGGCGAGGCCGGAACAGGUUCUGCUCUUGGAGCCUCAGCACGAACUGAAAUUCAGAGGUCCGUUUUCAGACGUGGUCACCACAAAUCUUAAGCUCUCCAACCCUACAGACAGGAAUGUAUGUUUUAAGGUCAAGACGACAGCGCCCCGCCGGUACUGCGUGCGGCCUAACAGUGGCAUCAUUGACGCCGGCACUUCAAUCAACGUCUCUGUCAUGUUGCAGCCUUUUGAAUAUGAUCCCAACGAAAAGAGCAAGCACAAGUUUAUGGUUCAGUCCAUGCUAGCACCUCCUGACAUGACUGACAUGGAGGGAGUGUGGAAAGAAGCAAAGCCAGAGGAGUUGAUGGACUCUAAGCUGAGGUGUGUUUUUGAGAUGCCAGCGGAGAACGAAAAAACGCAUGACAUGGAGUCCAACAAGAUGUCGUCGAGCCUGCUGAAGUCAGAGUCCUCCUCGCUGUCUGGAAAGUCACUGAGUUCCACCCUGGAUGAUGGAGAGGUAAAAAAGAUCAUGGAGGAGUGUAAGCGGCUUCAGAUGGAGGCUCAAAGGCUACGGGAAGAAAACAAACAGAUUAAAGAGGAUGACGGCCUCCGGUUGAGGAAGGGCAACAUCAUGUCAUCCCCGCACGCCUCAGGCUCCAUGAAGCGGGAGGAAGGGUUGAGCGCCCGCUCCGUGGCCCUCAUCCUGCUCUUCUUCGUGAUCGGCGUCAUCGUGGGGAACUUUGUGUUGUAGAGCGCAGCGCUUCAGUCAGCUGCAGCAUGCUUUCAUGGUGGAUGAAAACAAACAGGGGAUUUUGGAUCAGAAUGCCAUAACUGCUGGGUGGGGGGUGGUACUAGUUUUGAUUCAGUCCCAUUUAUGUAAAAAGAAAAAAAAAAUAUACCAAUUAACUUAAAGGGUAAUCUAUGAGAGAAAAGAGGAAAAAAGACUCAUCUUAAGAACAAACAAACCUGCGUUAUCAUCACAUAAUCCUUGUGGCUUCCUCCCAACGUUUCAUGUUUUUCAGGCGGUUCGUUUCACUGGUCGGUGGGGAAACCGAUUCAUCUUUUAACUGGUAAUUCAGCUCAAUGAAUCCUCUAACACUGGUGACGUAGAGUUUGAUGCGACCUCUCUGGUCGCCACUGUGCAAAUGUCAUUUUAUCAGAUAGUUUUUUUUCUAAUUGAUGCACGCCAGAGCCGAUUUUAACCAACGACUCCACAGUUCGGUUGGUCCAGGUUCUCCUUAAGGUGGAAACCCGUUUUAAGGGAGGGAGGAUCCGAACAGUUGGGUUUGCACACAGGGCUAUAAAACGUUCUCCUGUUGGAGAAGCGCUUUGGUCAGUGUAAGAAACACUACAACAGGUGUUUUUAUUUCCUCACGUCGUUUUUCUUUCUGCCCUAAUUUAUUCCCAUUACCUGCCAGUCACUGAUUACACCCUUUAUUGUCAAAUGAGGAUGUUUGCAUGCGUUCACACGAGUGUUGCAUCUGGACUUUUGAAUCUAAUUUAAUUGCUUUUGUCAUUUGACUGUAAAUUUGCACAAUUUAAUUGCUGUUUUUUUUCCUUUCUUUGUCUUUUUUUUUUUUUUUCCUCACAGUUGAAUUGUUUUGAUUUUUUUUUUCUUGGGUAGGAGGUAAAUCAGACAAACUUUUCCAGUAGAACUGAAGUGACGAUUGGAUAGUUUCUAUACAGUAUGAAAGCUUUGCCUUGUGACCUGUUUGGGAAAGUUAUUCUCAGGCCAAGAUGGAGGAGUAAUUACAGUAUAUGAUACCAAACUAAGGCAGAUCAAAUAGUUUUCCCUGACAUCAGCAGGGGCCUGUGACCACAUCCUAAAUGCAACAGGGGGAUAAAACGCUCUUGUUUUGCUCCAUCUCCUGUUGAGCCAUACGUUGGUUGACAUUCUGUCUUAUUUCUAGGAAAUGCAUGAAAAAAAUCAGCCAAAUGCUAAAGCUGUUCCCCACUGCUGGAUUUCUUUUCCUUUCUUUGUUUCAUUGUGAAUUCAUCUUUGUUCUGAAUCACACACGUUAAAGCACUAAUCUUUCAAAAAGUCAUAACAGCUCUGCUGUUGUCUAAAGCAGCAGCGAUGAAUGAAUGCAGCCAGGUUAUAACGACGGUAUUGGGGGUGGGGGGGAUGAAAUGAUGCUACAGGCUUUCAUCCAUAAGACACAGAUUAUCAUCAAAUAUGGUUAAAGGGGAUUCUUAUUUUGCUUUCACUGAAGGUAAAACAAGCAGUUGGUGAUAUUUUUAUCCCACUGUGUACAAAUAAAACAAGUUAAAAGCUAAUUAAAAAAUAAAAUCUUCCGUUUCAUGUUUGCUGAGAAAUAAAUAAAAAUGUCAGAAAUGUUCUAUAUAUUUUUUUCUGUUGCGUGGAGGAAGUGUUUAAUAUGGAUCUGAUUGGUGGGGAAGAAAGUUCAAAUAAACAUGUUUGUGUUUUUACUGUAUCUCUGUGAAGUUUUUGGGUUGAGGUUCACUUUUUACUUGGAGGGAGGGCAGAGCGGACCGGACCGCAGCUGCACUUCAGUUCCACAAAGGUUCUUUUAUCUUUAGUUCUGUUCACUUCAGAGAAUACAAAUGUUUGACACAGAUCUCACUUUAACCCCCCCUUAUAUAACUCAGUUAUCUAAUUUGUAAUUUUGAUCCUGAUGCUGUAAACGACACUGGUUUGGGGCUGCCCAAAUAAAGCAGUUAUGUGUAAACACUAAUUGAUUCAGGCCUGGUUAUAAAGUGUUCUAGAAUGAACCUUCCUUGAGUGUCCGAACAUCACCGUGAUCAUUGUAAGCACUCAAACUGUUUUCUAUGUAUAUAAAUAAAAAGUCUAUCUAAGAAGAUGGGUAGAUCUCUUUAGUCAAGUAGUCUGGUGUAAAAAAACAACAACAAAAACAACCCAAGCUGGUUGGACUAUGUAGCAUCUUAAUAAAUUAAAUGAAUAAAGCU